AUGAGCGAAGGAAUUGUUCUGAAUUUCGAAUAUAUUGGUGCGCAUAUCAAAGAUUACAUUAAAGACGAAAAUUUCUUUAGCACAUUCGAUAUGAAAGAUAUCAUUACGACCAUGAAAUAUGCGAAUUUAAAUUCAGGUGACUUUGAUACACUUCUUAAGCAAGCAUCCCUUACUACCAAAGCGAAUGAAAUAUAUUUUUGUACUCGACAUGCGAAUGUUUCAAUAGAAAACUUGCAAGAUGCAAUUUCAACACUAGAAUCUAUCCGAAAAUACAUGAAAAUGGGAAUAUUAGAUGGAAUUAUUGACACAUUAAACCAUUCAGCAAAUGAAAUCGAAACACUUCAAACAGAGUUAAAUCAAAUUCAAAAUGAAAAAGAAAACAUCGAGAAAGAAUUACAAUCUCUUAGAUCUCAAGUCAAACAAGAAGAAGUAAACGAUUUACCAGACGAAUUUCUUUCAAAAAUUUCAGAACUAAAGAAUUUACGUGAUUUCGAUAGUAUGUACAAAUUUCUAGUUGAAAUUUCUGAAAAAGGUGAUAAAAAGAUGAUGCUCAAAGCAUCUGAACUAGGCCUUUAUAUUUGGGAUGGUGACUAUACUCUACUUGAUCGUGCAUGUGAAUAA